AUGGCAGGACACCCUUUGGAUCCGCUGAGUCCAGAUGAGAUCCGCCAAGCUGCAGAUGUUUGCCGACUGUAUGCAAAGCAGGAGGGUGUGGAGGCUUUGCGCUUCAACGUCAUAACUUUGCAGGAACCGCGCAAGGUGCAGCUCCUGGCCUAUGGCAAAGAUCCCAGCAAUGUUACCCUUCCCCGACGCACAUUCUGCAUUCUGCAGCUGCCAGGUCUGUCUGGGGUGGUGGAGGCCGAGCUGGCUGUGUUCCGAUCCAACCCACGCCUCGGUCGGAUAACGCAGGUCGAGGGCGUCCAUGCGCUUGCCAGCCCUGACGACUGCUUCGAGGCGGAGGCGAUUGCCAAGGCCGACCCACGGGUCGUGCAGCUGCUCCGGGAGCGGUACGGCGUCAUGGAUCUGGAGCUUGUGUGUUGCGAUCCCUGGUCCAUUCACGCGAGCCCCCUUGAGGAGCGAGCCAUUCAGUGUUUCAUGUACCUGAAGACCUGCCCGGAAGACAAUGCAUACGCACACCCGCUGGACUUCGUACCCAUCGUCAGCAUGGACAGCCGUACGGUCGUACGCAUUGAUCUGCCGUACAAAGGUCCUACGGUGGAAUGGAACAAGGAAAACAACAACUAUCACACGGCGCUGCAGAAGGAAAUUCGUACAGACCUGAAGCCGAUUAACAUCGUACAACCUGAGGGCCCGAGCUUCACUGUGGAGGGUCAGUUGAUCCGGUGGCACAACUGGAGCUUGCGGUUGGGCUUCAACUACCGGGAGGGUAUCGUACUGCACGAUCUGCGGUACCGCAACGAGGGGAGGGAGCGGCCCGUGAUGCACCGGCUCUCAUUAGUGGAGAUGGCUGUGCCGUACGCAGAUCCAAGGUACCCGUACGUCCGCAAAUGUGCCUUCGACGUGGGUGACUACGGCCUGGGCUACUGCACCUUCCCGCUCGCUCUGGGCUGCGACUGCCUGGGACACAUCCACUAUUUCGAUGUCACACUAUCAAACUCAAAAGGCGAGCCCGUAACGCUUCCCAAGGCGGUUUGCAUGCACGAAGAGGACACCGGCCUACUGUACAAGCACGUGGAUUAUCGUACAGGUCACGCCGAAAGUCGUCGCGGUCGUCGCCUGGUGCUCAGCCACAUAGCCACCGUAGUCAACUACGAAUACGCCUUCUACUGGUACCUAUAUCUGGACGGGACUAUCGGUCUGGACAUCAAACUGACGGGGGAGCUGUCCACCAAUAUGGUGUCGCCGGGAGAGAACCCCGCCGCACCCCAGCACGGCACACUGGUGGGCCCCAACGGGGUGAACGCGCAGCACCACCAGCACAUGUUCUGUGCCAGGUUGGAUGCCGCGGUGGAUGACGAGGAGGGCGGCAAGGAGCUGGUGGUCAAGGAGGUCGAUGUUGAGAGCAUGCCAUGGGACGGCCUGACUAAUCCGUACGGCAAUGGCUUCCGUACCGUGGAGACGCCGCUUACGUCGGUACACCAGGCCCAGAGGAGCAUUGCACCGGAGAAGGGGCGUGUCUGGAAGUUCGUAAAUCCACGGGUGAUCAACCCCAUCACCCGCACCCCCGUCGCCUACAAGCUUGUCCCUGCCGCUCACCCCCCACUCGCGGCCCAGCCCGGCUCCCUCAUCGCCCAUAAGGGACAUUUUGCCACAAAGCAGCUGUGGGUUACGCCCUGGCCAGCGGGCAGCUACGUGUUCGGUGCUAAGCAAUGCACAGGGUUGGCGGACUGGACGGAGGAGGACUGGUCCCUGGAGGGGUCCGACCCCGUGGUAUGGUACUCCUUUGGCGUGACUCAUAUUGUACGACCCGAGGACUUCCCCAUCAUGCCCGUGGAGGUGUGUGUGCGUGUCCUGAAGCCCUCGGGCUUCUUCACCCGGAACCCAUGCCUGGACCUGCCGUACAACAAGAACACUGCCUCGGUGGACAACCACUCGACGGCGGUUGCCGUCAACGGUAACAACACCGGUAACGGCAAGGGUACCUGCUGCGGUGCAAGUUAG